CUGAAGCAAGAUGGGUCAAAGUCAGAGUGGUGAUCAUGGCCCUGGAGGUGGCAAGAAGGAUGACAAGGACAAGAAAAAGAAAUACAAACCUCCUGCACCAACUAGAGUGGGGAAAAAGAAGAAAACAAAGGGACCAGAUGCUGCCAGCAAGCUGCCACUGGUGACACCUCACAGUCAGUGCCUGUUAAAAUUACCAAAGUUAGAGAGAAUUAAAGACUAUCUUCUCAUGGAGGAAGAAUUCAUUAGAAACCAGGAACAAAUGAAGCCUUUAGAAGAAAAGCGAGAGGAGGAAAGAUCAAAGGUGGAUGAUCCGAGAGGGACCCCAAUGUCAGUAGGAAUGUUGGAAGAGAUCAUUGAUGACAAUCAUGCCAUUAUGUCCACACCUGUGGGCUCAGAACUCUACAUCAGCAUUCUUUCCUUUGUAGACAAGGAUCUGCUGGAACCAGGCUGCUCAGUCCUGCUCAGACACAAGGUUCAUGCUGUCAUAGAGGUGUUCAGGGAUGACACAGAGCCCUUGGUCACAGCAAUGACGGUAGAGAAGACCUCCCAGGAAAUCUAUGCAGAUGGGGGGUUGGACAACCAAAUUCAGGAAAUUAAGGAAUCUGUGGAGCUUCUUCUCACUCAUCCUGAAUAUUAUGAAAACAUGGAUAUAACCUCCAAAGGGGUCAUUCUCUAUGGUCCACUUGGCACAGGUAAAACCUUAUUAGCCAAAGCAGUAGCAAACCAAACCACAGCCAGUUUCUUAAGAAUUCUUGGGAAUUUAUGCAGGAGACAUUUUCUCUUUGUCCUUAGCUCCUUUUCUGUCAGACACCAAGAUGGCACAGGGGCUGGGGUGCUUGGUGAGCUCCACAGUUCUGUAAAUCGGCACCGCAGUGAGCUGUGUGAGAAGCUCAGUCUGCAAGCUGAUUUGCCAAUUUGUGCAGAAACUACUCCUUCCAACAUGCCUAGCCCUUCUUAG